AUGUCCCAUCACGACUCAUCCACAACAGUGAAAAGGUCGGUUGUCGACGCGAUUCAGGAAUUGCAGUCAACAGUAGCCACAAGCUCUGCUUCGCUUAAUCCUGUCUCAGGCAAUGACAGCCAUGCAAGUGGACAAACAGUCCCUCCAUGGCAAGGUUCGCUUGAUCAAAUCAGCAAGGAGCUGGCAGAACAAGCUCAAGCCUUCUUUUAUUUCCUCGCAAAGGCUGAUCAUGACGUAUUGCGUGAUAUUGUUGACUUGUUUACCAAGUAUAACAAUCAGCUUCGAUCCUCGCAUAAGAGGCUAUUAGAUCUCUGCAGGGAGGCCGAUCAGCUCAAAGCCGAUUGGGAGAACAGUCUCAUACAGAGACAGAAAGAAUUGUCUGUGAUUGAUGGCCAAAGGACAAGCCUUGAGGCUCAACUUGACGACACGAAGAGCUCCUUACAGGAGACUCAGAGUGUCCUCGCUCAAUGGGAAGACAAAGUAAAGUCCUUCGAUGCAAAGGAGUCGCAACUCAAGUCACUCGAAGAUCGACCGAUCGGAAAAUAUCCUGACCUGGAGGCGCGUGAGAAGCAGCUUCAGGAGGGAGGGACUGGAGAAGACAAAUUUAAAUGUGAGCAAGCCGACCUAGACACCCGUGAGGUGAAUUUGGUAUACGAAAUCUUGGGACUUGCUGCCCGCGAAGAUCGCCUCGCCAGACGAACGUCAGACCUCGACGCAAGACAAAAUCAACUAGAUCAUGAUGAUGCAGAGCUCAAAGUCCGAGAAGCUCAGCUCGCGAAUGAUAAAGCUGUUCUCGACGCUCGGUCCAACAGACAAGCAGCCACCGAAAUUAAGCUCAAAGAGUGGGAAGCCCAAGUCAACAAUGACUCCACAGAAGAAAAGGCAAACAUCCAGAAAUUGCUUGACAUGAAUGAAAGCCAGCAAAGUCAGCUUGAGGAAUGGAGAAGUCGUAUUGAGGCCCGAAACAAUGCAUUUGAACCGUCCCCGAAGGACUUUGACAAGAAAGCUAGCGGCAGACUUGGGCUCGGGGACGAUACAGCCUGA